UGUAUACAGAGCUCAAGUCUCAUUAAAACCUGGAGAAUCUCUCAGACUGGAUUUAUUAACUUCAGACCCAGUGGAUGUGUAUUUUAAAAGGAAUGAUGCAGAGAGUAUGAAUAUUGCUUCCAUGGAAAAGAACACAGCUCUUUUUCACUCAGAGUACAAGACCAGAGUAUCAGUCAGUAAUAAGACUCUAGUGCUGAAUGGAGUGAUACCAUCUGAUAGUGGAGUUUACUCUGUGAGAGAAAAGAAGACUAAUGAAAUCAUUAGUGUCUGCAAUGUCACUGUCAGUGUUCACCACUCCUCACUCCAGUUAAAAACUAAUGAGUCUGUGAGACUGAAUUUAUUCACAUCAGUCCCAGUGGAGGUGAUAUUGACCUGGACCAACAGUUAUGAUUCAGAGGAUGUUGUGAUCUGUACUGUGGAGAAUCACAAACCUGACUGUCUUCCUCAGUACAAGACCAGAGUAUCAGUCAGUGAUAACACUCUAGUGCUGAAUGGAGUGAGACCAUCUGAUAGUGGAAUUUACACUGUGAGAGAAAAGGAGACUAAUGAAAUCAUUAAUGUCUACAACAUCAGUGUCAGCGGGAAUGAUAGUGGAGACUCAUGGCUGACAUUGCUGAUAGUGCUGAUACCAGUGUCUGUGGUGGUUGUGUUGUUAAUGGUGGUGUUCAUCUGCCUUAUGAGGAAGUAUGCUUUCCCAGUAGAGAUACCUGUCUUGCUCUCAAGCAGCUUGACUGUCAAUCCAUCAGAUAUCGAGUGUCGCUACCAAUCCGUGUUCUCUCACUGA